GAUUGGGCGGUGACGUGAACGACCUCUCGCCUGCGUCUUCUCGCGGCGCCGGACCCUGGCUAAGCCGGGCCAAGUCGCAUCUGCACGUGUCCGACGAAGAACGACAGGCCACAAUUCGGUGAGCAGGCGGCUGUUCCUUGCGUAACUUCUGCCGCUCGAGUUGCCUGUCACUUUGAACGGCCGCAAGCCUCUCCAUUCCACGACUAUGCCGAACAGACCUAGGGUACUUGCUCCUCUCCGUGUGAAUGGCCUCUUCUGACCGUGUCGCUGACUUGGGCAAUCGGAAUAGGGCGAAAGUGUUCCCAAGCCAGGGCACUGGCCAGUGGACCCCCAGGAGGACGUCCCUAUAUCAGAGGAUCGUAUUUGGAUCGAUGGCUGCUUCGACUUUGCCCACCAUGGCCACGCUGGAGCCUCACUCCAGGCGCGCCGACUCGGCAAGGCUCUUCUUGUAGGCGUCCACUCGGAUGAGGCUAUUCUGGAGAACAAGGGCCCGACAGUGAUGAAUCUGAAAGAACGCGUCGCCGCCGUGGAGGCCUGUCGCUGGGUCACGCAGGCCAUACCGUAUGCGCCGUACGUGACCAGCAUUCCUUGGAUCGAUCACUACGGGUGCAAGUAUGUUGGUCAUGGUGACGACAUCACCAGCGACAGCAGCGGAGAGGACUGCUACAGGUUCGUCAAGCAGGCUGGACGGUUCAAAGUCUUUAAACGGACUCCCGGAAUCUCCACGACGGACCUGGUUGGCAGGAUGUUGCUAUGCACAAGGUCUCAUUUCAUCAAGUCCUUGACGGCCGUUCUCGCAGGAGAAGAAGGCUCAGGGGACGACCAAGAGAAGAAAGCUAGGGCCGAAGAGAUGUUGCAAAGGAUCAAGGACUACGCUACGGAUGAAACUGGAAGCAAGCCUUACUGUGAAGUAUGGAGCUGGACGCCGUCAAAGGAGCUUCGUCUCCGCAGAAGCAUAUCUCACGCCUCAGGCAGACAUACAGAUCGAGAUGACGCGGGAACAUUUAGCAAAAUGGUUGCGGGCUUGGGACCUAGGGAGGGCCAGAGAGUAGUUUAUGUGGAUGGCGGCUUCGAUCUCUUCUCUUCAGGCCACAUCGAGUUCUUGAGGAGAGUGGUGUUGCGGGAACGCGAAGAGGGCGAGAAGCGCGGCUGGUUUACAGAAGAGGCCAAGAGCAAGCGAAUGAAAGACGCUGGCGAAGACUAUGGUCCCGCGUUUGUUCUCGCUGGUAUUCAUGACGACGAGGUGAUCAACCAUUACAAGGGCAUCAACUAUCCGGUUAUGAACAUCUUCGAGCGUGGCCUCUGCGUGUUGCAGUGCAAGUACAUCAAUGCCGUCAUCUUUGGCGCGCCGUUCUCUGCCACGCCAGCUUAUCUAAAGUCUCUGCCAUAUGGGCUUCCUGCAGCCGUCUACCAUGGUCCCACGGCAUUCAUGCCACUUAAUUAUGAUCCGUAUACAUACGCAAAGGAUCUAGGUAUUUUCAGAGAAAUUCCUUCACACGAGUUCCAGCACGUGAAUGCUGGAGAAAUCGUAGACCGCAUCCUCAGGUCCAGAGCUAUGUAUGAGGAGCGGCAGCGGGUGAAAGGCGUCAAAGGCCUCGGCGAAGAAGCUGAAAAGCGAAGGCAGAAGCUAGAGGAAGAGGCUAAAUUGAAAGCAUUCGAGAGAAGGUGGAGCGAAGUAGAGAGAAGCUACGGAGCCUGACCCUCACGUGGUCUAUUCCUUGCGCUUUCCUCUUCAUUCGUAAACACGACCAUGAGCAUUCAUUCUAGUGUUAAAACAAGGCUCUGUGAUCACCGUAUCGUGGACUCACGCGCUGAGAUUCGAGGCAAGCGGGCCAGAGUCUGCGUAAGCUAAGCAAAGGGAAGAUCAAAAUUGUGAAACGCGGUACGAGUUCAACCUCACGUGCAUGUUGCUUACAGCAGCGACGUCGGGAAAUGUCGACAAAGAGUAAUGGGCAAUUCUGCGAUUCGGACAUUGGUGUGCCGAAUUUAAUCACAAUUAUGCAGAUAUACUAUUACAUCUGAGCCAAUUUCGUUCACCAGUCUGGUUGUUGCGAAUGUACCAUUAUGACAGUGUCUUCCUUCCUCUCGCUGGCAGCGAAGUAACCAUCUCACAUUCUUUGCUACUUCAUUUUGGGCGAUAGCAAUUUAACUUCUCGUUGA